CGAGUUAUAGCUGUUGUGUGCUUUCUUUGUCUCUCUCUCUCUCUCUCUCUCUGUUUCUCUACCCUGCUACCACAUCUACUUCCUCCCUUUCUCCCCAACCUCUCUCAUUCUCUCUUUCUCUCACUCUUACUCGCUCCCUUCUCUUUCUACACCUUCUCCCCCUCCUCUUCCACCUCCUUCUCCUUCUCCCCUGCUUUAACCAUUCCAGUUAUUUUUCAAACCGUCACUUCGCUUCUAUUUCAAAUCUUCCUCGUCUCCUUCUUCUUCUGUUUUCUUCAUCUUUUUCUUCUUCUUUUUCUCUGGACCCAACACAACACUAAAAACUGUUUGUUUCUCUCUCUUGAAACCCAGCUGCUACAACAUGGCUCUACUCUCUUAAUUUGGCCUUCAAUAUCGGAACCGAAAGCAGUAUUUCGCCCGAACAAAGACACAAGUCUAGUUACCUGAUAUGCGGUAAACCUGUUGAGGUAUGGGAGCUGGUAUUUGAGGUGAAACUUAGCUGCUACUAAGUACAUAGAUGCGUGUAAGAAGAAAUAUAUGUGAUCAUUCAGUGAUAUGGUCAAGCCGGUCAGCGGUAAUAAUGGAGUCUACAAGACCAACAUCAGCGAUACAAACAGUUAUAAUUAACAGACGUUAAUGGAAUCGCUGCACACAGUGUCCGUUGUGGAUUUUAAAAGAUAGAAAACAAAGUCAUCGUCUACAUACAUGUUUAUAAAUUAUACACAUGUAUAUAUACAACAAUAAUAAUACAGUUAACAUGAAACACGAUGAAACGAAAAUCGAUACCAAAUAAUACGUUAGACAACUAACGGCAAGAAUUGAAAUCUUCCUUCAACUCUGCAGACAGAUUGAUUUAACAAUGAACUUUCGGGAAAUAGGUGCCAUAAACAGUCAUUUUCAGGAGCAACUGUUUUACCGAAAGCGUAUCUUGUUAAAUGCUCGAAAUAUGAGACUAGGAAAAAAAAAAAGAAGCAGUCAACUGAUGAAAGUCUGUCGUGAGGUUUUUACAUUGAAAGGAAUAACAGAGAUGAUUUGAACCUCAGCAUCUAUUAUUACCAUCAACGUCCCAGCUUGGAGAAUCAAUAAGGUGCUGUCUGUCCUGAACGCCAUUUCAACACUCCUUUCUUUUCGAUAUUCUGCUUUGGUUUUUUUUUUUUUACUACGAAAAGGAUAGAAGACAUUUGUCGGUUCAUGCUUUCAUUUCCACCCAAAGGAAGCAUCCGAGAUUCUCUAUUCUGUUAUUUAUUGGGAGAUUUGAAAGAAAAAAAAAGUACUUUUUACAGACUAGAAUGAAAGAAUCUGCACCACAUUUACAAAAGAGAACAACGAGUACAGCAGCAGAAAAAUUAUAGAGUAAAUAUGGAGUCGAAGGAAAGACCAAAGACUUUGGAACCGUUGAAUGAUAAUUUCAGUCGUUCGUUGGUGAAAUUUAGUUCAAAUGGUAAUUGUUGUAAUCCCAGCCCGGCAACAGGAUCGGCCAAUGAGAAGAGACUAGUUAAGCAAUCAGUUCGCAAUGUUGUCGGAAAUUUAGAGAAUGUUCUGGGCAAUUUACAAGGAAUCGUCGGUGAUAUCCGCGUGCUAGUCAACCAGAUAGAGUGUGUGAGCAACAAACUGGAUAAAAAAUAUGGGGUUUACUGGAAGAAAGGCAACAACCAAAAUGUGAAUAGCAAUAGUCAUAACAACAACAAUAACAACAAUAAUAGUUGUAGCAGUGUCGACAUGAGCAACAGAUGCAGCAUCAGUAGCAACGAAGAUAAUAAUUACGACACAAGAUCCAGUGAUUUGGUCGCCACUGACAAUAUGGCUGCCGUCUUCAAACAACAAAAUACUGAUUCGUUUGAAGGUCUGCAGUUUUCCCCAGACUUCGACUGGACUUACAUCACCAUGGCGACAUACCAAAACAAUCCUUUGCUAUGUUGCACAUCCCCACAAUUUGAAUAUAUUCGAUCUCCUGCGUGGAGUGAUAACGGCAACUUCCGGCCUGAUUUUACCGAAGAAGGGCAAGAAGAUUGCGAAGACCUUUCGGAGGCUUCUUUGAUGAGCCUAACCAGUACAGAUGUUAGCCGAUGCAACUCCAUUCCUAGUUCUUGCAGCAAACACUCCAUCUUGUCGUCCACCACACCUAGCAGCGUUCUCAGCGAUGAUAUCUUUAGUCCACAGCUGGCUUUCAUAGAUAUUUUCCACUUGUGUUGCCAAAAUACCGGUGAUAGCUAUUGUAGCGUUUACGAAAUUCUAAUGGAAACCACUUUAGAAAGCACCAAACAUUUAAGUGACAGCUUCGAUAGUAGCGACCACGAAGACAUUCACAACGAUAUAAUCCACGAAAACGACGAUGACGACGAUGACGACGAUGACGAUAUCGAAGCCGUUGACGAGAUAGAGGUGACAUCUGUUGGAGACUAUAAAGCUAACUACGACCGAGAUUUGAAUACUUGGACUACAUUUACGUUACUUCAUACAGAUUCCUUGACGGAUUCUGAUGAUCAUUUCUCUGAAACGAAAUCAGAUAUUCUCAACGACAACACAUUAGAAAAACUAGAAAGUACAGUGUUAAGAAAGAAGGAAAGUUUUAGAGGUUCAGAGAGUUCGAUCUUUGAAAACAUAGCAUUCAAAGAAAAUUCGGUGACAAUUUUUUGAAAAGGUCUACAAAUAACUUGGAAGUUUCUACACGGAAAUUUCGAAAGAGAACACCAAAAGAAAGCAAAAAAAUAUUAAAAAAAAAAAAACAUACAAAGAGAAAUGCUAAGAAAAAUUCAUAACCACAGUAGAUAACAUUUUCAGAAUAUCGGAAAAUUUCCCUAUAUAUAUGCAUACUUAAAAUAUACACUUUCAAAAAGAUAUUUAUAAGCCUAUGUAUAUGCAUACAUACAUACAUACAUACAUACAUAC